AUGGCCAGGAAGUUGGACAAGCUUGACAUUAUCGAAGAGAAAGUUAAGUCUGCCGAAGAAGAGAUGAAAGGAUUAAAGCAAUCUUUGGAGUACGCAUAUGCAGAAAUUGAUGAUUUGAAGCGUCAGCAAGAAUUAUCAAAAAUAUGCGAUGAAGAAACAAAGAAACGAAUUAAGAGUCUGGAAAAUGAAAAUACCGCGCUACAUGAUAGCAUCGUUGACCUUAAAGCAAGGUCAAUGAGAGACAAUUUAGUCUUUUAUAAUAUUAGUGAACAGGAGAAGGAAGAUACAACUGCGAUUAUUCAUAGCCUACUCGAAGAGAAAUUUGAAGUACGUGAUGCGGCAUAUAUGAUAAAGAUUGACCGAUCCCACCGUAUUGGAAGGAAAGUUCAGACCAACGCGAAACCUAGGCCAAUAGUGGUGAAAUUCAAUUACUUCCAGGAUAGGGAAUACAUACGAAAGAAUGCGAGAAAGCUGAAAGGAACGAGAAUUGGUGUUUCCGAACAAUUCCCAGAAGAAAUUGAAAGAGUUAGAAAAGCACUCUAUCCAGAAUAUAAGAAGGCAAAAGCAGAAAAGAAAAGGGCUAGGAUGGUCAGGGACAAACUUAUUAUUGAAGGUGUUGUUUUUAAUUUGACAUAA